AUGAUUUUUUUUGCCACCAAUCCUGUUGAUGAAUUUGCCAAGAAUAUGGACAUCCAGGGUAGUUGCAAGAACGACUCAAUGUCUUCAAGUUGCAUGAAUGGUGGUGAAGAGAAUCCAAUGCCUGUUCUCAUGAUGAAAUUGUCUUCAACCCACAACAAAGCAAAAAAGCCUUGCAAAGUCAUCAAGGAGAAAGCGGAUGGGAAGCUAUUCCUAACGUCUUCAAGCGCCAUGAAUGGUGUUGAAAACAAACCAUCACUUGUUUUGAGGAUCAAAUUGCCUCAAACAGCACACAACAAGGAAAAACUGUCUUGCAAUACGAUUUCUGCACCACACCAAAACAACACGGCCCCGAAACAAACAGGGUCCACUAAUGGUGGUUCCUCAGAUAAGCUUCAUUUGGACCAAGAAUUAAUAGAGUUGAAGCUUGAAACCACCAAAAGGAAGCUAAAUCAGAGGUACCUAGAAGCUCGUAAUUCUAAAAGGAAGGUUCAAUUGUUAGAUUUGAAGGACAUCCCUGAGAAUCUUGACAAUAGACCCAAGAGGCAGUACAGAAGGUGA